AUGUAUGAGAAUAAAACUCAUAUUCGUGUUUGUCUAUCAUUUCGUUGCAAAAUCGUGUUAUUGGUAACACUGUUUAUUUAUCUUUGGUUUUCAAUUCGUUGGUCACAUAAUCUUCCUAGUAGACCAUUGUUUGAAAAAAUAUUGAUUGACGAUGAUUGGGAAUUUUCGUUUGACGAACUUACAUGGAUCAUGGUAACGUUGCCUCAUACACCUCGAGUUGAACCUAUCGAGAAAGUUGAACAACAAUGGCAAGGAACAUGUUUCUAUCGGAGAAAAUUACCAAUCGUUGACAAUUCAUACAGGAUACUUCAAUUCGAUGCAGCUAUGCAUGAAGCCGAUGUCUGGGUGGAUGGCGUGCAUGUAGUUCAUCAUCUUGGUGGUUAUUUACCAUUCGAUGUAAAUGUUUCGCAUGGCAAUAAUAUUACAGUUCGUCUGAGAAAUACGGACAAUCCGAUCAUUCCACCGGGAAAAACAUUAUCAGAAUUAGAUUUUAAUUAUUACGGUGGCCUCUAUCGCCAUGUGUGGCUUUUUAAGAAGUCCUAUCAAUUGCGUUUUGACCGAGACAUUCGUGUUCAAUAUGAAAAUGUCAAUCGAUCUCAAGCGACUGUGCGCAUUCGAUUUAAUAUCACACAUGAUCAGAAUACAUUGAAACGCUAUCGUAUUCGAUAUUUAUUGAACGGAGACGAACUAUUUCCUUCGAAAGUUAUAGAUCUAGCAAAUCCAUCGAUGAAUUCUGUUGCAUACGAUAUAAAAAUUAUCGUUAUUCAUCCUCGUCUUUGGUCACCAUGGAAACCGAAUCUCUACACACUUUCACUUGGACUUCGAAGUAAUAUCGGAACGAAAGAGAUCGUUUUCGAUCAAGAAAACAUCACCAUCGGUAUUCGCUCAUUCGAAUUUCGAUCAAAUAGUUCAUUCUUGUUUUUGAACGGUGAAAAAUUAGAUUUUCUCGUGGGAACGAAUCGCCAUCAAGAGUAUCCGUACGUUGGUUAUGCUGUCCCUGAUCGAGCACAGCGUCGGGAUGCUUAUAAAAUCAAAGCGGCAGGUUUUCACUUAGUCCGUUGCUCUCAUUAUCCUCCUUCGAUAGCUUUUCUCGAUGCUUGUGACCGCUUAGGACUGCUUGUUAUCAAUUCAAUACCUGGUUGGCAAUUCUUUGGCAAUAAGACUUUUCAAGCAAAUGCUCUUGAUGAUGUGCGCCAGAUGAUGCGCCGUGAUUCUAAUCAUCCAUGCAUUUUUCUUUGGGAAGCAAGUCUCAACGAGAGUCCGAUGAGUCGAGAAUUUAUGGCUAGAGCUCAUGCAAUUGUCAAAGAAGAACUCUCUAAUGGUUUGACUAGUGGAUGGCUUGAUGAAGAAAACAUCUACGAUGUAUUCGCACCAGCUCGACAACAUAGGGAUAGGCCCUAUUUUUAUCGAUUUUAUCGAGCAAAAAAUAACAAACCAAUUUUUCUGGCCGAGUAUGGUGAUUGGGAAUACUAUGCAUCGAAGAACCAUAAUUUUAAUCAAACAUUUCUUCCUCAGUUAGAACAAUUCCAGAACACGUCAAGACAAAGACGAUGCGAUGGCGAAAGGGGUUUAUUGCAACAGAUAUUCAAUUUUCAAGAGGCUCAUAAUGAUAAUCGCCUUGCAAGUAAAACAGCUUGUAUCAUAGGCGAUGCUAAUUGGGUGAUGUUUGAUUAUAAACGAGGUUAUGCGCCUGAUAUUGAGGCAUCUGGAAUUAUGGAUAUAAAUCGAUUACCCAAAUUUGUUUUCUACUUCUAUCAGUAA